AUGAGCUCCACCAUUCACUCGACCGUCACCAAGUACGUCCGCCCCAGCACGACGCCCCAACCGGUGGGCGAGGCCAAGACCUCUGCCCUAGCUGGCGGCAACAAGGAGGGAAUGACCACCACGACGGUUACCUCUCGAACUACCACUACCGUCACCAUCUCCAAAUACUCCUCUGCCCGGACCUCCGGCGGCGUCAACGGACCUGUCGGCGGCGGCGGAGCUGGUGACUCCCAAUGUGCCCCGGCCACAGUCACUGUCACGGCGUCUCCCUCUGCCUCGACUGUCUAUGUCACCGUCACGCCCCAGGCUGUCGGAGGUGGUCAGCAGCCUCCUGCCAUCUCCCGGUCCACUGUCACCAGCCAAUCGACCGUCACCGUCGUGCCCUACCCAAGCGGUAACGGCACCCAACCCAAUGGCUCUGCUCGUCCCUCUGGCUUCGCUCGCCUGCGCCGCUAA